CAGGGAACCUUGUACUGCACGUGUACAGUGCUUGGUUAACUGUGGUUUGUAUCGGAAUCCUUCCCUUUCGGGAUGACAGCGGUAGGGCUUCCAUGGUCACUGGCGGGGGAAAAGAGACAAUCGUAGGACCUCCACACCAAACUCACAAGAGAAGAACGACCAUCACUAGCACAUACACGUCCACGCCAGUGUCUUUCUCUGCCGAAGAACCACCUGGGAUUUGAAAAACACUUUUAACAAUAUCUCGGGCCGUACGUGUCUCCUACCCAGCGUCCAUUUCACGCCCCACCCCCGGGCCUGAUUGCGAGACUACCCCGAUAAUUUUACUUUUCUUUCCCGUAAAAAUACUCCCCUUCACACAGGAAUGCGUAUUAUGCGGGCGAGCGUCUACGUGCCCCAUCUAACUUGUAUGGGAAGUGACGUUCCCCCUCCAUCCCCAUUCGCCAAAAGUUUGGGAAGGGGGCGGGGUUGGGGAAUAUUCCACUUCUCCAGAAACCGCCUAUCGCAAAGGCUGCCCGACUGUUUCAGAUUGCUCCAAGCGGAUACCAAUGAAUUCAGACUUUUGUAAGACCCUUUAUUCUGCAACCAGAACGCAAUGAGAUUUAACCUGCAUUCAGAGGGGCCCUGUCUACUUGGAUACAUGAAACUUUCCUUUUGAAACAGCAAUCUUUGUAGAGUGACCCUGUCAUCUUUCCGAAAAGGAGAAAAGUGACUGUGCUUGAGGAGAGGAACAAAAACAUUAACAAAGCUUGUUUUUAGAGGGAGCAUGAAAGCAAAGGGAUAAGGAUAUCUCUGUCCAUCCUGGCAACAGUAAACUCUACUGAAAUGUCUGCCAGGGUCACUGGAAAAGCAAAGCUCAAAGGUUAGUGCCGAAUCCCAGCAACAUUUUUGUUAUAGACCAUUGCAGCACUCUGGCAUAUAUUUACUACUUGUUUUGCCUCUGGAAGAAUUUGGAAAUGUGGGAAGAAGAUUAAAAAACAAGCAAUCAGGACUUCAUUGUCUCCUCUUUUAUAGCUUCCCCAUCUUCAGAGGUGGGUUAAGAAGGAAAACUGCUGACUCUGAGAAGUAUUCUUUUUCCCUUCUGUUGACAUUCAUUUCCCCAUUUGCUGGAAAUAACAUUAUUCCUUUUGAACAAUUUUGCCAGAAGCUGGUGGUGUUGCAAGGGACAAAAAGACCUGGAGCUCUUUCCAAGGCAUCUCGGAAAAUGGGAUUCAAAACAGCGAUUAAUAUGGCAUUCUUGACACUGUGGGUCUUGCUAAACAUGUUCUCAAUGGCUUGGAACCACAGAAUGGCUGGAGGCGGCCCUGUAAUAUUGGAUCAUCCAUUCAUCACGAUCUGGAAUGCUCCAAGUCAAGAAUGCCAAGAGAAGUACAAUGUAUCCCUUGACUUGGGGAUUUUUGAUGUGGUCCUCAACCAGAAUGAAACAUUCGUGGGGAGAGAUAUUACCCUUUUCUACAGCAACAGGUUAGGAUAUUAUCCAUAUUACACUGAGAAUGGAACAGCAGUCAAUGGGGGUAUCCCUCAAAAUGCCAGUCUCAAGAAUCAUCUCUGGAAGGUUCAGCAAGACAUUAAAGAAACCAUUUUGGAGGCUGGCUUCAAAGGACUGGCAGUCGUGGACUGGGAGAGCUGGCGUCCCUUGUGGGUUCGGAACUGGGAGUCCAUGCAGAUCUAUCAGAAUAAAUCUAUAGACCUUGUUAAGGAGCAGCACCCUGACUGGCCUGCUGAUAAGGUGGCCAAGGAAGCCCAGUUACAAUUUGAGAAGAGUAGCCGGGCGUUCAUGGAGCAGACUUUAGCACUUGGCAAAGCCCUGAGGCCAAAGGGUUUCUGGGGCUUCUAUGGCUUCCCAGGCUGCUAUAACUAUGAAUACAAAAAUGCCAGUUACACAGGAGAAUGUCCAGAGAUCGAGAAGCAGAGGAAUGAGGAAUUGCAGUGGCUCUGGAACCAAAGCCAAGCCCUUUAUCCCAGCAUUUAUCUCCCCAAAGAGCUCAGAUUCCUCAACAAAACUCUUCAGUUUGUCCGUCAUCGAGUCCAAGAGGCAUUCAGGAUAGUGAAUCGGACGGAGAACGGCAGCAUCCCAGUCUUACCUUACGCUUCCAUUUCAUAUGAGUUCACUCAGAACUUCCUCUCACAGGAGGCCCUGGUCCACACCAUUGGUGAGAGUGCUUCUCAAGGCACUGCUGGGGUCAUCUUGUGGGGGAGCAAAAAUUACAGUUACUCAGAGGAAGCCUGUCUUGAUGUGAAGAAGUAUGUGGACACUGUCCUUGGUCCAUACAUUAUAAAUGUGACCAGCAGCACUAGGUUGUGUAACCAGAUAUUGUGCUCCAAGCAUGGUCGCUGUGUGAGGCAGGAUGAGCACCCUGAAGCUUUUCUGCACCUUGCUUCUGCCAGCUUCUCCAUUAAGAGGCAUCAUGUGGAGCCACAUUUCAUUCUCAUGGGUCAGAUGUCGAAGAAAGAGCAAGUCAAGAUGGCCAAAGAAUUCACAUGCCAGUGUUAUAGUGGCUGGGAAGGCUUGCAGUGUGAGAAAAAGUCAAGUUAGAAUGAGCUAUACCAUAUGAGUUUGCACAUGUGCUCUUGAUCUACAGGAAAAGCUCAGUCCUGCAGGAAAGAAGCAUAUACAAGCAUGUCCUUCAAAGGAAUAUAACUCCCCAUACACACACAUAUGAGAGAAUCUCAUCACAGCCACAUACACCUUGUGAUCAACAUGUGCUCAUACUUACUUGCCUCCAAAGCACACACAUGGCUUCCUCCUAAAAGAUACAAUCUACUUAGAAGAUACACACAGUCUGAGAGGGACAGCUUUUAAAGAAAGGCAACACUGUAAUAUACCACUCAUCCAUAAAGUACAUUAUAAAAACUAAUAACACAUGAGUAUCCAUGUACAUAGAUUUGUUUAAAUUACACAAAUCGGUAAAUGCGUAUUAGAUACAUUGCUGGCUGCCAUUACAAAACCAUUCAGCGCCACCUGCUAUCUAACCACCUUGACAACACCAAAAUUUAGGAUAGCUUUUACCCGGGCUAAAUUUAACGUUCUACCUUCGGCUUAAUUGGAGGGGAGGUUUAAAAAAAUUCCAGUUAAGGAGCGGCUCUGUCCUUGCGGUGAAGAGGCAAUCAAGACAAUUAACCAUGUUCUUCUCCGUUGUACCUUUUACCGCGAUCUAUGUUUUGCCCUUAUUACCCCUAUCCUGCAAAGUAUCCCCGGCUGGGAUGAGGCCUUUUAUGUCCAAUUUCUUUUAUCGGACGCCACUUUAGAAGUGACCGCCAAGGAGGCAAGCUUCUGCGGGGCGGCCAUACGUUGCAGAAGGACUCUGACCACUGAGCACUAAUAUAGUACUGACCUUAACAGGAAUUUACUUCCAGCACUACUUUGGGCUUAAUUGUUUUAACUGUUUUUACUAUCAAACCUUAUUUCGUUUUUAACUUCUCAUUUUGUAUCUUUGUCUGCUGGUCUAAGAACCGUAACAAUAAAUAUUCAUUCAUUGGCUGCCAUUGCCACAUUCCACA